AUGAGAGUCACGUUACCGUCAGCCUCACGUGACGGCGGAUGUCACUCCCUUAUUUCACCACGAGGGGAGCGACAUUUCCGCUUUGCAGCGCCUUCUGGUAAUACAAGAAUGGCUUUGAAGAGCAUUUUGAGCACAUCCCCGGGCGUACCCUACCCCGAUCAUCCUUAUUUGCACAUCCAUGUGCUCCUCAUGAUUGACCAGCCACGCGUGCUCAGCUGGCGCUUCGUGGAGAACACAGCUGUUCCAGUCGUCUCAGACAGAAACAAAGUGGCAGUCAUCACAGAUGGGGAGAGCAUUACUAAAAUCAACCUCUUUGAGGAACUUGGCCAAAAAAUGUCCCAGGGUAAAAAUUAUGUCAUAUGGGGGUACACUCUCGGAGGCCGCUCACCCCCGUACCACAUGCGUGUGCAAAAAACGACACUUUUUUAUCGGAGCUACCCAGUUGUGUGCAGAGACGGGUUGAUGGAGGAGGCAAGAGCCCUCCUCUAUCCCCCGUCUCUGCACACUAAGAUUAAUGAAAUCCCUGUAGCCAAGGGCCUGCUCACCCUGGAAGGCGAGAUUACAGCACUCACUACUCUGAAGAGGGUCUCCACGAGGAGCGGGGAGGUCCCGCUGCGUGAAGUGACGCUGCAGGGGGGCGAUGCGUCCGUGUCAAUAAAACUGUGGCGACAAGCAGCAGUGGUGAAGCUGGAGUUGGGGACACCGUACAGGGUGACGCACCUCAGACCCGGUUUAGGUUGGAAGGAAUGGUGCUUACAGUCCACAGAGUUCAGCAGAAUUGAGAGUUGCUGACCCAGUGGGAACCAUCUGGACCUGUCGGGUCUCCGGAGCAGGGAUCCCUGGACAAGACAUAACGAGGCAUUUAGUUUUUCUGCUCAUCCCCAAAACAAACCUGCUGGUUCUGCUAAGAAUUCAGAGUAAAAAGCAUGGAGGUCUACUGCAGCUUCUCCAUAAAAGGCUAAUAUUGCUAUGAGUUUUAUGAAUCUUAAAAUAUUUACUAUUGUUCUUAUGUAUUUCCUGAUUCUGUGGAAUUAUCUUUCUUGUUCUUGUUUUAUUGUAAAGCAUUUAUUACCUGUUAUACAAAUAAACCUGGUUUGCCUCUACAGAGCUAUGAAACAUUAUUUCCCUCCAUUUUGGUUUAUUUUGUUUAAUCUAUUUAAUGUUUCAGAUCAAAUUUUAAAUCAGACAGAAGUAACCUGAGUAAAUUUAAAAUUCAUUUCUUGAAAUGAUUUCACUGAGAGGAAAAACGAUCCAGACCAACAUGUUCAAAUUUGGAGAACGAACCUGAUUUCCAGCACCUCAGAGGAACCCAUCUCCAAGUUCAAUCAGCACAAUAAAGCUAAGACAUCAAAGAGAAAAUCACUAUUCCGUCAUUUCAGAAUGCUGAGAUUUGUCUACAUUAAAAUAGAGACAACAUAACUUGAAAAAGAUAUUUUAUUUCAUCAUCAAAGGCAGAUGUGUAUCAGGUACAACAGUAGGUAAUGGCAAAUGUACAACUGGAAAAACAAGUUAGAAAUGGAAAAAAAUUAAAUGAGAAAUAAAACGGAGGGAAGCUAAACAAAUAAACGAAUCUUCUACACCCGUUUGUCUUGUUUUACUGUAGGGACCGCUACAGAUUUAAUUUGAUCUUUGCCUACAGAGUAACGAAAGUGAGCUACAUUAAAAACAAAGCUGAUCAUCCCCAGAUAUAGUUUUUCAAAGAGUACACUCAACUGUUUCACACGCGACUUAAGACCUCCCUAAGAAGAAAAAA